AGUAGAGAUAUCCUGAACACAACUUUAACUAACGAAUGUUAUGAUAACAAUUAUUAUUUACUUAGAUUUUUGAUCAUUAAUGGCGUAAAUGUAUUCAUUCCUCCGCCAAAAGCAGAACUGACUACUGUUUUCAUUAAUAAUGUUUUAAUUCUGUUUAUAAUAAACAACUUAGAAUCAAUGCCCUGGUUUAAUCUAACUCCAACUACAGACUUGCCAUCAAGAACUGGCUUAACAACCUGUGCUUAUGGUGAAGAUAAAAAUCGAAUUGAUUAUAUUGGUAGCAGGCUUAUUGUAGGAGAACGUUACACCACUGUUUAUGAUAUUGCAACACAACGAUGGAAUACACCAAAAAAAUCAGAAAAUUUUACAACAAAUAGAUGGUUUUUACAGCGUGUUGUUUCAGGAAAUGAUACAUAUGUCUAUGGAAGAAAUAUAGGUCAAACAAAUAUGUUAACUUGGACAGAAAUUCCUUCAGGAAUAUUAGCUCCCGUUGGUGUUCAAGGAUAUACUGCUAUGCUUUUAAACAAUAAAUCUAUAUUAUAUAUUGGAGGUCAACAAGGAAAUAUUUCUUCGUCAAAAUAUGACCAUGGGGCAGUCUAUACGCAAGAUAAUCAAGUAUUUCUAUGUGCUUUUUUCUUAAAAAAUGGAAACGCAGAAAAAGGCGAUAAUAAUUAUGAAUGGGUUACAUCAUAUGUUCCUAACAAGAAAUUUCUCUCAACUUCAACUUCGAUGCCAUCACCAUCUGUUACAUCAUUUAAUGUUGGUGCAAUUAUUGGUAUUGCAUUUGGAGCAAUUUCUGGGCUUAUAAUAUUAAUAACUAUCGCAGUUCUUAUUGUUAAAAGAUAUGAUCAUCCUCUUUAUUAUUCUGACCCGCAAAAAUCAAGUGAUAAACCAAAUAACGAAGUCAUUGGUUAA